CAGGCCCCCAUCCCCGCCCCUGCCUGUGUUCCACCCCCUUUCACAAAUUCCAGUCCAGCCCUUAUCCCAACCCCAUUCCCAGUGUUUGCCUAAGCCCCUGGUCCGACCUCUGCCCUUGCUCCAGUCCUCAUCGCACCCCAGGGUUCCAUCCCAUCCCCUAUCCUUGUUCAAGCCCCAAUGCCCAGCCCAGCCCAACCCAUUAUCUCAGCCUUUGCCCUCAUCCCUGUGUUUACCCAAGUCUCUCCCGCUACCCACUCCUCGCUCUCAUACCCUGCCCUUCUCCCAGCCCCGACUCAGAACUGGGCUCCAGCUGCCGCCAGCCCUAUUGCUGCUGUUGCUGUUCUCUGUCCUUGGCCCAGGGGCUGGAGGCCUUUUGCUGACUGAUUACUCCACCUGCUCACCCCGCAAGCUGAGUCCUUUCCGCUCCUUUGCCAGCACUGAGCUCUUCCACUUCCAUGUUCCCGAGGACACAUUCCUAGCUGUUUGGAACCUCAUCAUUUUCAAGGAGCAGGGGGGAACCUUUGGGGACCACUGCCCAGACCAAAGUGUGACUGUGUAUUUCCGGUCUGGGGCACCCCCUGUCAUCAAUCCCCUGCACACACACUUCCCAGGGGACACGGCUGUGCCUGGGGUUUUCUCACUGACCCUCAGCUGGACACUGCCCAACCGCACCUCAGGCAUCUUUAACGUCAGCAGCCCCUUACCUGGGGACUGGUUCUUGGCUGCCCACCUUCCCCAGGCCCAUGGCCACAUCUCUGUCAAGGGUCUCCAGGAUGAGUGUCAGUACCUUCUUCAGCCACAGUUGAUUGUCCGGCGUUUGCUGGACGUUGCUGUGCUGGUUCCUGGCCGUCCCUCAGAGCAGACCCUCUCCUCCCACAAUCGCUCAGCUCUGUACAAGGUCUUUGUGCCCAGCUUCACUUACAGGGUUACAGCACAGCUGGUGUGUGUGGGGGGCCGCGGGGUGUCCGCCUGCCCUCUGACCCUGCGCCUACGUCCCAAGGCCCCACCCCUGCACAACUCAAGCUCUGUGACUUGUGGAGGUGCCUCAGCAUGCCAGCUGGAGCUGGCGUUACCCCCCUGGGGGCACUGGGUCUACGUGCGUGUGGAGACACCAUCCCGGGGCCCUGGCAGGACCAUUCGCUUCCAGCUGUGUGUGCGGUUGCAAGAGUGCCCACAGCCCAGCCUGUACCGAGCCCUGGUCCCUGGAGCUGCCAUGAACAUGCCCCAGUCACUGGGCAACCAGGCAUUGCCCCCAGAGCCUCCAUCCCUCGGGGCCCCUGCAGAGGGGCCUGGGGCCACAUCCCCACCUGAGCACUGCUGGCCAGUGCGCCCUACACUGCGCAAUGAGCUGGAUACCUUCUCCGUCCACUUCUACAUCUUCUUUGGCCCCAGUGUGGCCCUUCCUCCAGAGCGCCCAGCUGUGUUCGCCUUGAGGCUGCUGCCGGUACUGGACAGCGGAGGCGUCCUCAGUCUGGAGCUCCAGCUCAAUGCGAGCUCCCUGCACCAGGAAAAUGUGACGGUGUUUGGAUGCCUGACUCAUGAGGUGCCCUUGAGCCUGGGGGAUGCAGCAGUCACCUGUUCCAAAGAGGCUCUGGCCGGCUUCCUCCUCUCUGUCAGUGCCACCUCCAGAAUGGCCAGGCUGCGAAUUCCCUUCCCUCAGACAGGAACCUGGUUCCUGACCCUCCGCUCCCUGUGUGGGGUGGGGCCUGGGUUCGUGCGGUGCCGGAAUGCAACGGCCGAGGUGCGGCUGCGCACCUUCCUGUCCCCAUGUGUGGACGACUGCGGGCCCUACGGGCAGUGCAAGCUCCUGCGCACUCACAACUACCUGUACGCGGCCUGCGAGUGCAAGGCUGGGUGGCGGGGCUGGGGCUGCACCGACAGUGCAGAUGCACUCACCUAUGGAUUCCAGCUGCUGUCCACACUCCUGCUGUGCCUGAGCAACCUCAUGUUUUUGCCACCUGUGGUCCUGGCCAUUCGGAGCCGAUAUGUGCUUGAAGCUGCUGUCUACACCUUCACCAUGUUCUUCUCCACGUUCUAUCAUGCCUGUGACCAGCCAGGCAUUGUGGUUUUCUGCAUCAUGGACUACGAUGUGCUGCAGUUCUGUGAUUUCCUGGGCUCCCUGAUGUCCGUGUGGGUCACUGUCAUUGCCAUGGCUCGUUUACAGCCUGUGGUCAAGCAGGUGCUGUAUUUGCUGGGGGCUAUGCUGUUGUCCAUGGCUCUGCAGCUUGACCGGCAUGGACUCUGGAACCUGCUUGGACCCAGUCUCUUCGCCCUGGGGAUCUUGGCCACAGCCUGGACAGUACGCAGCGUCCGCCGCCGGCACUGUUACCCACCCACGUGGCGCCGCUGGCUCUUCUACCUGUGCCCAGGCAGCCUUAUUGCAGGCAGUGCUGUCCUGCUCUAUGCUUUUGUGGAAACCCGGGACAACUACUUCUACAUUCACAGCAUUUGGCAUAUGCUCAUCGCCGGCAGCGUGGGCUUCUUGCUGCCCCCUCGUGCCAAGACUGACCACCGGGUCCCAUCUGGAUCCCGGGCCCGGGGCUGUGGUUACCAGUUGUGCAUCAAUGAGCAGGAGGAACUGGGCCUUGUGGGCCCAGGAGGGGCCGCUGUCAGCAGCAUCUGUGCCAGCUGAGUGAGGCUUUGGGCCUGGCCCUUUGGGAACAUGAACCCUUCCCUGGGGCAGAGAGCCCUUCCCUAGGGACGAGAGACAAGCUGUAUUUCUUGAGGACAUGGAGUCUUUCUUAAGGAUGUGGAGUUCUUCCAGGGACCCAGAGCCUGCCAAGGGACAUGGAGCACUUCCUGAGGGUCUGGAGUCAUCCUGCAUCCAUAGAAUCUGUCUUAAGGAUUGGAGCCUCUGCAGGGACACAGCCCCUCAGAACCAGGGAGCCCUUCCUAGAGGUGUGGAGCCAUCCGGAGGACAUGGAUUCCUUCCCAGGAAGACAAAGCUCUCUCAGGAACAUGGCGUCAUUCCUGAGGAAAUGGAGUCCAUCUUGGGGAAACUGAGUCUCCAGAUCUUCCCAGCAGCUCAACAACUCUGGCCUCAGACUCCUCUUCCAGAGGCAGCGACUGGGCUGUGCUGUUUGAGGGAGUGAGGAGUGCAGGACACAUGGGGCUGGGCUGGGGUGGCUGGUAUCCUGAGUUGAUGGAGGUGGACUCUGGUGUGUUUCCAAUGAAGUAUGUACUGGUU